AUGUCUGAUCAAGACACUCACCCAAAUAAGUACAUUGAAUUGCGAAGUAUGUGUAAAUACUAUAUCGAUUCAUAUAAUGCAUUGUAUCAGCUGAAAACUGAAAAAGAAGAAGAAAUAAACAAGAUUUACAAAAUUCUCAAAACAGAAUUGAUUGAUUCAAAGGAACGUCUUCCUCAUACUAUUAUAAAUGACAUUUUAUGUAUCAUUCAGUUUAAUAAUCGCUAUACAAAGACUUAUUUAUCUCUUGCUAAACUCAUAUAUGAUGAUUAUCAAGUAAACGAGGAAAUCUAUGUUCUAUUAGAAAUUGGAUACUUAUUUUAUAAAGAAUAUGGAAUUAAAUUAAACAAAUGGGACGAUUUCGAAACAUUUGAAUUUGAAAAUCUGAAUAUCCAUUUCGAAGAUACAAUUUACCGAGCAAUUAUGUAUAAUGACUUAGAAAGAUUCAUCUUCUUCACCGAAAUCGAAGGAUUUGAUAAAGAUCAAAAACUUAAUUGCUAUUUAUAUCCAGAUUAUUGUGGAGGAUAUUCAUUACUUGAAUUAUGUUGUUACCAUGGAGCCGUUGAUUGUUUCAAGUUAUUGAGAACGAAAUUUAACUCAGAAAUAACUGAAACAUGUCUAGAAUUAUCAUUUUUAGGCGGAAAUCCAGAGAUCAUGAGUAAAUGUUUGAAAUUUCAAAAACCAAAUCAAGAAUGCAUGAAACAUGCAUUCAUUUCACACAACAUUGAUUUUGUUACAUUCUUGUUGAAUGAAUACAAUUUAGAGAUCAAUUUAAAUUAUUGUGAAUGGUAUAAUAAUCUGGAAUCAUUUUUAGUUUAUUUUGAUCAAACUAAUGAUGUUAACAAAUGCUUUCUUUAUUCCGCAAGGCUCAAUAUUCCAUCAUUACUCGAAUACUUCCUUUCACAUGGUGUGAAUAUCAAUGAAAAAUAUCAAAAUGGAAAAACUGCUCUUCAUAUUGCGGCUCUAUUUAAUAGCAAAGAAACAGCCAAACUUCUUAUUUCACAUGGUAUAAAUAUCAAUGAAAAAGAUAAAUACGGACAAACCACUCUUCAUUUGGCAGCAAGUCACAAUAGUAAAGAAACAGCUGAACUUCUUAUUUCACAUGGUAUAAAUAUCAAUGAAAGAGAUAAUUAUGGAAAAACCGCUCUUCAUUUUGCAGCACGUUAUAAUUGUAAAAAAACAGCCGAACUUCUUAUUUCACAUGGUUUAAAGGAUUAG